AUGCCCUCGCGCAAGGCCCGUGGUCCAGCUCCGCCUCCGCCUCCGCCUCUGGUAGAGACAUACAACCAGACCUUCAUAACCACCCUUCCCAAGGACGUCCCCACGACACACCUGAACACGGCGCACUGCCGCCCCCUCCUCGACCUCGUCGCCCAGUCCGCGGGUCCUGUCGUCCUCGGUGCCUCGUUCCGAUUGUCGAAAGGCGGGGAGCUUCAAGCCCUCGCGCUCAGCUCAUCUACUCGCACCUUCCUCGUCAAGUUCGACUCGUCGAAGGGAAGGCCCAACGAACUCGAGGAGGUCUUGGCGCACCCGUCAGUCGUCCUCGCCGACUUCAACGCGCCCCGUGUUGCCCUCGUCCUAUGGCGCCGGCUCAGGGUACACGUACGAGCGGUAGACCUGGAUGAGGACCCGGCGUCACUCGCAAAAAAAGUCGGGUUCGCGAAGGUGUGGCACAACGGCGUAGAUCGCCUGUGGGAGCGCGUGAAGGAUAAAGAUAUCGCAUUGCGGGCGUGGUUGACUGCGAAUAUCGUCUCCACGGCGAAAGGGGCGCGGCUCGUCGCGCAAGAGGCCAAGGUAGACACACGGAAGCUCCAGGUCAACCAGCUCGAAUGCCUUGCGCGCCUCGUCACCAACGUCGAGCUCCUCGACAUGGAAAAGCCGACUAGGUCCGAGAACGAGUUUGGCGCCGUGAAACAUGGAAAGGGCGAUGAGGGAAUUUUGCUGUCCAAUUCGCGAUACAAGUCGCGCGUUCGCCGGAGCAAAAAGGCGAAAGUAAACGGGAAGUUCCACUUCCGGGCGGUGGGGACGAACGGGAAGACGACAUCUCUCGUGCCGUUGGGUAAAAACGCGCUCCAGGGCGCAGUGAAGUCGGUAUGCGUAAGAGGCCGCGAAGAAGCGACGAACGAAGAAACGUGCAUGGACGCAUACGUUCUCGCGCUGCUGGAAGGCGAAGCAGACCUCCUCUUGUCACAAUUUGUCAAGAGUAUAUGGUUUCCCCAGACGGGUAAUUUCAGGUCAAAACCGUCUUCGAAGGCGAGGAGAGAGCAGCGAGAGGCGAUGAUGGUGUACCCAGCCCAGUUCGCAAAGCUCAACCCCUCGCAAAGGGAAGUGGCCGCUGCAAUGGUAGGAGAUGCGCAGAAGCUCGUUGUUGCUCAUGGUCCCCCGGGCACCGGAAAGACCACAACGAUCGCGGCCGCCCUUACGUACUGGGAGAAAAACCGAUCGUCGGCGUGGGUGAUCGCGCAUUCGAACGUUGGUGUGAAGAACAUUGCCGAGACACUGUGCAGGCGUGGGGUUGACUUCAAGCUCAUCGUUUCGCACGAGUUCCACUUCGACUGGCACGAACAUUUAUAUCUUCGCCUCUCUAAACAUUUCAUCGAGUCUAACAAAUUAUUCAACGACAAGGACAACGUGCGACUGCUCAUUGGUGAUACGAAGAUUUUACUCUGCACGGUCUCGAUGCUGUCUAAUCCAUUCAUGGACUCAUUUGGAGUCUUCAAGCACGUCUCGGUGCAGCGCUUGAUUGUGGAUGAAGCGUCACAGAUUGAUGCAUUUCAAUUCAUGCAUUUGUUCCAUAAGUUCAAGGCACUCGAGAAAGUAUGCUUGUUCGGUGACCCGAAGCAAUUGCCGCCCUUCGGGAAGGAUACCGCUCCGGAGAUGCAGACUAUAUUUGACUUUGAACACCUUCAACUUGGGUCUUAUUUCCUCGACACGCAAUACCGAAUGCCCAUCCAGCUCGGGCGUUUCAUCUCGAAGCACGUGUACGAUGCAAAGCUGAAGUCGGUGCACGGAAUUCUCACUCGCAACUGCGUCCGGUUUGUCGACGUUCGCAUCGGUCGGGAGGAGCGCGUGGGGUCCAGCUGGAAGAACAAGGAUGAAGUGCAGGUCGUGGUUCGCAUCGCGGGCGCGUACAAAGCCGCUGGAAAAAGCUUCUGCGUAAUCACUCCCUACGACCCGCAACGCAAGGCGAUCACGGAUGCGCUCAAGGCCGCGGCGCUCCCGUGUGAGGACGUGUACAACGUCGAUAGUUAUCAGGGUACGUCUCGCUGUCGUGGAUACACCCACUGCCACUAA